AUGGCGCAAAACCUACCAUCACUUUGCCUUUCUAAAAUCUUUGAAUUUCAUUCAGAUGAUUUAUUCACGUUACAUAGCUGUGCGCUUGUAAAUCGAGAUUGGUGUCGAUUUGCGAUUCCACUUCUUUGGAAGCGACCAUUUAUCUUUCUGCAUCAAUAUACACCAGAAACAUUGUCCAUACGUCUCAUGGAUGUUUAUUGUGCAGGAUUAUCAAAUAAAGAGCGUAAUUACAUAAAUAAAUUGUUGGGAAAUCUCGAGGAAAAGACUCCAAGCAAUUCAUUAUUCAACUAUGUUACAUUUUUAAGAGAAUUAGAUGUGUUGCAAGCAAGUUUUUGUAUAACGAGAUGGGCAUACUUCACGCAUGUUGAUUACAUGAUACAAACAUUACCAUUUAUAAAUAUAUUUUUACAACAUUUUGUUAACAAUUCCCCAAAGAUAACACAUUUAAAAUUCACAAUAAAUAAUAUAUACGGGUCCGCUGGUUGGCAUGAUAUUAAUUUAAAUUUGUUGAUUAGUAAGAAUGCCAAGGAUUGUUUUGAACAAUUGAAAGUAUUGGAUUGCGCCGGUGAUUUUAAUCCAAAACUUUUGUUUCUCUGUUCAAUGCUUUCCAAAAGAAUUGAAAAGAUUCGUAUCUCCAUUUAUAAUCAUUUUAAUCAACCUUCAAAUGAGAUCAACAAGUUACAGAAUUUAUGCUAUUUAAUUCAAUCACAACAAAGGUUGAAAAUUUUAAUCAUCGAGAAUGUCAAAAGUGGUUGUUUGGGUGAACAAGGCGUGUUGGGAAUAUUGGAAUUUACGGAUGGAAUUCAUCGUUCCCUUGAACAAUUAAUCUUUAGAGGCGUGGACUUUUAUAAUUAUAAUAUAAUAUUAUCCAUUAGUAAUCUUAGAAAAUUGAACACGUUAAAAUUUGAAAAAUGUAAUUUAUCCAAUCAUCCCCUGAACUUUGGUAAUUGGGGUAACAUGAGGGGACUCUCUAAUUUGACUAAUUUGAGUGUAUUCGGGUCAAAGAUUCCAUUCACUUUAUUAACUUUUAUGAUUUUUCAAACGAAAUUUGGAUUAACGGUCCUAGAUACGAGGACGAAUGAGAUUAAAGCCCAUGAAGUGAAUAAUUUGUUACAAAUUAUUUCUCAAAAUUGUAAACAUUUGGUAGAAUUUUUGACUCUCUUGACGCCAAAUCAUGAUCAUUUACCAUUGCUCUUACCAAUUUUAACUUCAAAUACAAAAUUGGAAAAAUUAGUAAUAGACACAGGAACAUUUGGUGGUGUCAACAUCGCCUCCCAUUCUGAGAAUGUUGACACUUUCCUUCCAAUACUUGGUAAACAUUUACCACCUUCCCUACGCGAUUUGAAUAUCAUUAUGGUAUGGUCAUUUCAUCAUGAAUCACUUGAUAAAUUCUUUCAGGAAUCUCGUGCAACCCUUGAAAUACUUCAAUUACAGUCAUGCUACUGUAUUAAGGAUGAACAUAUUGAUGUUAUAUUGAAACAUUCGAAAGAUCAUUUGAAGUUUUUAAAUAUCCAAGGGACCACAAAUAUUACCCAUGAUACUUGGAAUAAAUUACAACAAAACGAUCAACUUGUUGUCGAAUUUCACCAAGACGUGGGGAUAAAUCCUUAUUAA